GUUAUUCAAGAGUAUAUUUUCAUAUUUCAAUGUUUUGUCUCUACAGAUGAACAGUUGUGUAGUCCUGGAAUUGUCUGUCCAAAAACUGAGACCUGUUUAAAUAUUUCAAAGUGUCGUUGCUUGAAAGGAUAUUAUAAAUGUUCCAAACCAGGGAUCAUGAUCUGCAGAGGUAAGUUCUACCACAUCUUAAAUCAGUAGGAACCUUGAUGUAUUCAGGUGACUCCAUUAGUUUGAAGGGAUAUCUGUGUCUAAAGAUUACCCUUCUGUCCUGACCUGGAAUUUUUUAGCAGCUACCCAUGUCCAAUCAUUCUUAAAGUUUAAUCAAUUUCUCCUUUUUCCAAGUCUGCUUGAAUGUUUCUGGUGGCCUAAAUAAAAUAAUUUAGGAUGACCCACCUAUUUGAUCAGCUGUGCUGACUCUCUCUGAAGUACUACCCAGCAGUAACACUUCUUGAUGGACGAACAAACAGCUAGAUGCUUGAUUAGGUGGGAAGGAAUACUGCCUUAUUUAAAUAAACACAAAAAGUUUAAAAGUUUAAAUACAGUAUAAUAUUUAGAUUACAGGUAGGUAAACAAUAGCGAGUGAACUAGGACCUGAUGCAGAACUUGAAGGCAAAGCAUACAAACAGUUCUAGCUGGUUUGCUGUGGGGGUUACUUAUUAAGAAGUUAAUGUGCUUCCAAAGGCUUAACAUAAGAAAAUAUAACACGUGAAAUUCUAAUUAAAACUCUUACAAAUACCAAUUUUUUGCGAUAACAUCAAAUGUACAAUUUCACUGGGAGAUGUUAUAUCUGCAACAAAAUAUUUCUGUUAAUUUUGACAAACAAAGAAUCGUGACCCCAAUUAUUUCCAUUUCUGAUUAGAUUUAGAGAUUUCACUUUUCUUUUACAUUGGUACUGUUAAGUUUUUCAUUUAUUGAGUUCAUAUUACACUUUUGCCCUAAUCCAAUGACUGGCGUGUUUCCUUUUGAUGCAUAACCAACAACAUGCCUGUUAUAACAUAAAAAAAAAAAACCCACAAAAAAAACCAUUAUAUACAUUAAACAUUCACAAUGGAGCCUUCAUUCUGCUUCCAGAUGUGAAUGAAUGCAACAAAACGAACAGGUGCGGUAAUCGUGCAACAUGCAUAAACACAGAUGGUGGUUACUACUGCGAAUGUAAAAGACAGUAUCGUCCAACAUCUACAACUCAAUUCUGUCCAAAAAAGAAUCAGCCAGAACAAUGUGAAGGUGGGUACAAACUGAAACUGAGCUUAUCUUCUGUUUGUCCUUAGCAUUGACAGUUUAAUCUAUUUAGAUGUACUGUGCAAAAUCCAGCACUAGAGGUACAUGGCAUGGGCAGGUUAUGGUGACUUUAAUAUUGAGACACUUGUGUCUUUACUUUAGUCAACAAUAUCAAUGACUGAGAAUAUGCAAUGAUCAAUGAGAUAAACCCUUGGUAUAAAUCUUCACAAGCCACUAGGCAUGGUAGUGGUACCAAUACAAGGCCUUGCUUCUUAUUGUACAAUCAACUUCAGCCUUACAGCACAUAUUCCCUGUUGCCCACUGUUGUUCAUUUGUGUAGUUUAAAACAUUAAGUUAAAAAAAAGUUUCAUGUAUGUGUGUGUGUCUUUGGAUCUCUGUGUGUAAAUAAAGUGUGCAGGGCUGGGUGUGAUGUGAUUAAUGUUCAGGAUUGUGCACAGUUUUGAUUUUCUUCUCCAUUAGUAAAGCAGACAGAUGGCUUGGGUCAUUACUAUCAUUACUAUCAUUAGUUCAAACAUAAAGAAUGCCGCACUCUCACAGUGAAAACUGGGUGCAUCAAAGACCGAGUUGGCAAAACCCAAUUUAGUAGAUAUUAGUAGAAAGUAGGUCCAGGCACUCAAGGUUUCUUCAAAGAGGCAGAUUUAUUGAAAACUGAAUUUGCAAUGUUUCUGCCUUCACAGAGGCCUUUGUCAAGCAAAAAAGGCCCCUGCGAAGGCUGAAACGUUGUAAAUUCAGUUUUCAAUAAAUUUGCCUUUUUGAAGAAACUUUGAUUGCCUGGACCUGCUUUCUAUUAAUAUCAUUAGUGCCACAAUUGUGGGCCACUGAAUCUAUUUCUGUUCCCUCCUGCAGCCUACACUCCAGAUGGGUGUUUCAGUUUUCCAAGACUUCUAACUGCCAGAACACCUUUAGAUGUGACCUAAAAGAGGGAGACUCUGAUCUCUAAUUGAGCUGGGAUCAGAGUUCAGAGUUUGUUCAGCAGGGUGACAAAAGCAAGAAAUUAGAGCACACCUCUGGGUUGCAAUUUACACCAAGCUGCUGAGUCAGCUGGUUGUAAAAGCUAGAGAACACUUCUAGGGACCCCACAUUUAAGCCAAGUAUCUCAGGAAGAGCAUUUGCCCUGGUGCUGUCGUGUGGAAUCAACCAAUGAAUGUACGAGUCCAGCUUAGUUACAUUCUUCUGAGGAUUGACCUCUGUCUCUCAUGAAAAGUCAGCUUACUAGCCACAGUGAGUGCGUUAUCUGUCACCCAUACACAUUAGCUGCAGAGUUCCCUGGGCAGUAUAGAAUCAAUUAAUAAAGCUCUGAUUUAAAGAAUAUGUUGCUAACAUCUUAUUCAGGAACGCCAAGCUAUGUAUGGACAGCUCUUCACGCACAUAUGAGGUUCACUAGGAAUUUCCUCGAUUUGGACUGAGAAGGGUUUUAAUUUCUUAAGGACUUGAUAUUUUUAUUUUGCAAUACAUAGAAAAUAAUAGGUGGAGCUGUGAAAUCUCUUGAACAAACUGUACAACAGAAUAAAUGCAGAUAGCGUAGUAUGUCUAUACAGUAUAAUACAUAAUAGAGGUAAGAUGGUUGAACUCACAAGACUAGAGUCAUACCGUCAUAUGACUCUAAAAGUAUGCUCCCUUGGACCAUUAGGGGGUUGUCCAAACCCUUCUUUCGUUGGUUUCUCGAUGUCCCCCCCUUGUAAUCCUUAGAGUGUCUCCAAAAGAGUGCCCAAUAUACAGGAGAUCUUUGAAUACUGGUUUUCUUUUAUUAUAACAGAAAAUGGUAAUAAAAAUAACAAAAAAUAACAAUACACUAUACCAAUAAAUAUUGGAUAUAGGUGAAGUCCAAUGUGGAUUAAAAAAUGAGUGUCCAAAACGCGUUUCGCCUGAUUAAAAGGCUUCCUCAGUUGGCUCUGAUGUCUCCUUUAAUGUUCUUUCCUUUUUAAAAGUCCCGCUGGCCGGUUUCUCCAUCUUUAUAUGUCACUUCCGGGUUCCGUCUGUUGGAACGCAACGUGCGUUCCAACCCCGGCGUUCACUUCCGGGUCGCGUCUAAAUGGAACGCAUGUGCCUUCCAACCGUGGAUUCUCUUAUUACUCACAUCGGGUGGCCACUCAGCACUAUCGGGCAGAGUGAGGUUGGAACGCAUAUGCGUUCCACCUCCAUACCUUGCACAAAGCAUCUAUCAUAAUUAAAUAAUCAAAUAAAUAGAUAAACAUAACAAUGUAAAAAUGUGGUAAAAAAAAAAGGUUAUAUAAAACCAAGUUAUAUAAGACCAAUUGGGGGCCCCAAUUUGCGUGUGUAACAAAAGAAGGAAAACAUUUAAAAGUUGAUAAUAAAAUGUUUAAAAAGUCUGUAUAGAUAAUGGUCUGAUAAACAAUUGGUGGUAAGUAUAGCUCUAUCAAUUAUGAAAAAUAAAGGACUAUCCUAUCCCAACCUUGAAGGGACAGAAUAUCGCGUAUAGAAGCAAAUCUAGUUCCUUUUUAAAAUAGAUACCCCAUUUUUGAUAUUUCUUAUGUGUUCCGCUAUCCUUAUGUUUAGGCUUCGAAUUGUGCGCCCUACAUAUACAAGAUUACAUGGACAUUUUAAGAUAUAAAUAACUCCCUUCGAAUGACAUGUUACAUGAUCUUUUAUAGUGAAUUUCUUAUUAAUCACAGGUUCUAAGUCUGUUAGAUGUCUUUUUUUACUUUUGGUAUUCUUACAUGCUAGACAUUGCCCACAUCCAUAAAAGCCUUUGCUCAUUGCAAAAAAAGCUUUACCUGUUGUUUGUUCUUUAUUACUACUUUGGACCAAAGUAUUUCUUAAAUUUUUUGCGCCUCUAAAAAUUAUUUUUGGUUUUUCUGGCAAUAGAUUUUUAAGAAUUGGAUCAUCUUUCAAUAUGUGCCAAUGCUUUGCUAUAACUUUAUUUAUUUUUCUGCUAUUGCCAUGGUAAUUGCAUAUAAAGGGGACGUCUUGGUUCCAAAUUAGGUCUUUCUUUUUCUGUUUAUAUGUUAAAAGGUCUGUCCUUUGUGUUUUUUGAACCUCGUUUAUAGCUAAUUGGAGGGAAGCCUCAUCAUAUCCUUUUGAAUUGAACUUUAAUUUGAUUUGCCUGUUCCAAAAAAUCUUGUUCAUUUGUGCAAUUCCUUCUUAUUCGUAGGAAUUGUCCCUUGGGAGCAUUGCUUAACCAAGGGGUAUGGUGGCAACUUUCUCUUCUAAUAUAGCUAUUAGCAUCAACUUCCUUAAAAUGGUUCAAAGAUACUAUCCACAUUUUGCAAAUUUUAGAAACUACCCCCUGGCAAGAUGGCAAUUUGUUAGUCACGUGUGAUGUGACAUCUUUAUAUAGCAUCAUACCACAUGAGAAGAGCCUAGAAGCAGUACAAUAUUUUUUAAACAAAUAUAAUUUUAAGGAAGAACAAAUUUUAUUCAUUUUAGAAGGGAUAAAUUUAGUUUUAACCAACAACCUUUUCUGUUUUAAUGAGGUGUUUUAUUUACAGAUUAGAGGUACGGCGAUGGGUACCAAGUUCGCCCCCAGUUAUGCAAAUUUAUUCAUGGCAUAUUGGGAAGAACAGUUCAUUUAACAAGGACAUUCAUGGGGGGGCGAACUUGGUAAACUAUCGCCGGUAUAUAGACGACAUAUUUUUUAUUUGGACAGCGUCACAUACUGAUCUACUUUCUUUUAUCAGUUAUCUUAACAACAACCAGUGGAACAUUAUUUUAACAGCACAGAUUAGCACUCAACAGAUCAACUUUUUAUAUUUAGAGAUAUUUAUAACACACGGUACUAUUACCACUAAGAACCAUUUUAAGGAAGUUGAUGCUUAUAGCUAUAUUAGAAGAGAAAGUUGCCACCAUACCCCUUGGUGAAGCAAUGCUCCCAAGGGACAAUUCCUACGAAUAAGAAGGAAUUGCACAAAUGAACAAGAUUUUUUGGAACAGGCAAAUCAAAUUAAAGUUCAAUUCUUAGAAAAAGGAUAUGAUAAGGCUUCCCUCCAAUUAGCUAUAAACACAAAGGACAGACCUUUUAACAUAUAAACAGAAAAAGAAAGACCUAAAUUGGAACCAAGACAUCCCCUUUAUAUGCAAUUACCAUGGCAAUAGCAGAAAAAUAAAUAAAGUUAUAGCAAAGCAUUGGCACAUAUUGAAAGAUGAUCCAAUUCUUAAAAAUCUAUUGCCAGAAAAACCAAAAAUAAUUUUUAGAGGCAAAAAAAUUUAAGAAAUACUUUGGUCCAAAGUAGUAAUAAAGAACAAACAACAGGUAAAGCUUUUUUUGCAGUGAGAAAAGGCUUUUAUGGAUGCGGGCAAUGUCUACCAUGUAAGAAUACAAAAAGUAAAAAAGACAUCUAACAGACUUAGAACCUGUGAUUAAUAAGAAAUUCACUAUAAAAGAUCAUUUAACAUGUCAUUCAAAGAGAGUUAUUUAUAUCUUAAAAUGUCCAUGUAAUCUUGUAUAUGUAUGGCGCACAAUUCGAAGCCUAAACAUAAGGAUAGCGGAACACAUAAGAAAUAUAAAAAAUGGGGUAGAAACCCAUAGUGUUUCGAAUCAUUUUAAACAUGUUCACCAGCAAAAUCCAGAAGGAAUGUUUUUCUGUGCGUUAAAAUUAGUAAAAAAAGAUUGGAGAGGAGGUGAUUAUGUGAACAAAAUAGGUAAAGAAGAAAUGAAGUUUAUAUUUAAUUUUAACACUAUGAUUCCAUUUGGACUAAAUAAUGACUUUGAACUAUGUCACUUUAUGCAUCAACCUUAGCCUACUACACUUUUGUACCACUUUUAAUAUUUUAUAAAAACAUUUAAAAGUUUUUAGAGAUUAUUUUUAUUAAUUUGCCAUUACAAUUAUGGAUUAUUAUACAAUUUCCUUUUUUCAAUUGUUUUAAUUGAUUACCAGUGUUUUAAUUGAUUAUUUUUAUCUAUUUUAAAAAGGAACUAGAUUUGCUUCUAUACGCGAUAUUCUGUCCCUUCAAGGUUGGGAUAGGAUAGUCCUUUAUUUUUCAUAAUUGAUAGAGCUAUACUUACCACCAAUUGUUUAUCAGACCAUUAUCUAUAUAGACUUUUUAAACAUUUUAUUAUCAACUUUUAAAUGUUUUCCUUCUUUUGUUACACACACAAAUUGGGGCCCCCAAUUGGUCUUAUAUAACUUGGUUUUAUAUAACCUUUUUUUUUUACCACAUUUUUACAUUGUUAUGUUUAUCUAUUUAUUUGAUUAUUUAAUUAUGAUAGAUGCUUUGUGCAAGGUAUGGAGGUGGAACGCAUAUGCGUUCCAUUUAGACGUGACCCGGAUGUGAACGCCGGGGUUGGAACGCACAUUGCGUUCCAACAGACGGAACCCGGAAGUGACAUAUAAAGAUGGAGAAACCGGCCAGCGGGACUUUUAAAAAGGAAAGAACAUUAAAGGAGACAUCAGAGCCAACUGAGGAAGCCUGUUAAUCAGGCGAAACGCGUUUUGGACACUCAUUUUUUAAUCCACAUUGGACUUCACCUAUAUCCAAUAUUUAUUGGUAUAGUGUAUUGUUAUUUUUUGUUAUUUUUAUUACCAUUUUCUGUUAUAAUAAAAGAAAACCAGUAUUCAAAGAUCUCCUGUAUAUUGGGCACUCUUUUGGAGACACUCUAAGGAUUACAAGGGGGGAACAUCGAGAAACCAACGAAAGAAGGGUUUGGACAACCCCCUAAUGGUCCAAGGGAGCAUACUUUUAGAGUCAUAUGACGGUAUGACUCUAGUCUUGUGAGUUCAACCAUCUUACCUCUAUUAUGUAUUAUACUGUAUAGACAUACUACGCUAUCUGCAUUUAUUCUGUUUUACAGAUUGUUCAAGAGAUUUCACAGCUCCACCUAUUAUUUUGUAUGUAUUGUAUUGUAUUUAAAGUGCUCUAUGGGAUACCACUUUAUAGGUGUUUUAGAGCUAUUUAUUUGUCUUUCACACCGUGUACACUAUUGUUUUGUAUUACUAUUUUUAUUUUGACAUUCCUGUCAUGUCAGCAUUUAAUGAGUGAUAGCAGGCAUAAUAUAUAAUAUAUAAUACACAUGUUUAUACUGGCAUUAAACCAAGAUAUUAGAUUUUAUAAAUGUAUCAAAGCGUACUGAUCAAUACUAAGUGAAGGCUGCCACAAUGUGACAAAAUUCUCUCAUUUGCUUUUUCCUUCCAGUGUUUCCACCAACAUGUGCUAGUCGAGAAGAAAAUAAAUGUACUCCAAGUAAUGAU